AUGAGUCUAAGUAAAAUUAUAUCAUUAAUAUUAUCCAUCGGUAGUGCAACUAUAUCACUAAUAUUAUCCAUCGAAAAAUGUAUUUUAAAUAAAACCCUCAAGAAAGAUGACAUUCAAACUAUGGAUAUUGGUGACAAGUUGCUAGAUGGAUCAUUCAAUAAUCAAACAUUGCACUAUAUAAAG